ACUAUUCAUGAUUAUCCAAACUGCUAAGCAUUUUACGCACGUAAAGAAAUAUAGAGAUUAAAAAGUCACAUUUAUAUGAUCCCGAUGUUCUUAGGCAAAUUUAACCACGAGUUAUAAUAACAUUUUGAAGAAGGUGGCGUGUGGCUCAUCGAACUCAGGCGAAUUUCAAGGUUCCAGGCAAGAGUCGUUAGCCAUACGUGAAUAAACUCGUUCGUGUAAUCAGGGAAGGGGGAAAGGAGUCCCUAACCCACAGAUUAAGCACACGACCUACUCCAGUUCGAAGGCUAUCCACAGGUGUAACGUCAUCAUCCCUGCGAAAACGGAUAAUCCGGCUCCUCUCUUAAUCCGGACAAAAUCACAGGAGGUCCGCACGAGAAGGUUUCUGAGCUACGAGAGUACUGGCUUUGACGGCGAAGCUCGGGUGAUUUCGUUGAUUCUAUUCUGUUCUCGCUUCUUAUACUUGCAUUUAAUGACACUUAUGGAUUCCUCAACAAAUGUAAGCGUCGACUGUGGUGUCAGGCGUAAACAUAAGUCCAUAUCUCUGCAAGAUAAGGUAGAUUUGUUGAGAAAACUCGACUGUGGUGUUCCGGUACGGGAAGUUUGCAAGACUUACGGUAUAGGUUCGUCGACUCUGUAUGAUAUAAAGAAGAAGAGGGAAGAAAUCAUGCAGUUCAUAAAAUACUGCGAUUCCGAGGGGCAAAUCAACAGCAGGAAAACCAUGAAAGCAGGUAAAAGCACAGAACUCGACCGAGUCUUGUUCGAGUGGUAUCGCAAGUGUCGAAGUGAAGGGGUCGAGUUGACCUGCAAUAUGAUCACGGAGCAAGCUAAGAUAUUCCACAAAGAUCUCAAAUUGGAAGGUGAACGUAGAUACGGCGAAGGGUGGUUACAGAGGUUUAAGAAACGCCAUGGAAUUUCGACAUCUAAAGUGUGUGGAGAUGAAAAGGCCUCAACCCGCACAGGAGCUGAAGAGGACCUGGUUCCUGGAGACUUCGACGCCGACAAGAGCGAGGCCAACGUGGAGGAUGAAAUUAUGAAUAUGGUGUUGAAGGACAUGGAAAGCGGUACAAGGGACGACAGCGACUGUGAAGACAUCACUGAAAUAUUCUCAGUUGAAAGGUUGAUCAAGUUGACUGAUGAACUCAUCGAUGGAUUAGACCAUUGUGACUUUAUGCCCAAGCAAGAAGUAAUUAUAUUUCAUCUUCUGCAUGACAGACUGGACAGGGAAAGGACAAAGCGCUUAAAUCAGCUUGGCCUAAAUAAAACAUCAAAGAAGCAAACACAUCCCAUGAAAGAUUCUGAGAACAGAAUGAGCAAGAAGAGAAAGGUAGAUGAGGAUGACUCUUCAAUUGCAAGACCCACGAAGCAGCAGUGUGUCGAGGAAGGCAUGAAAUCCUUGCACAAGACAACACAGGCUACUCCACCAUCUGCCCCCGUUCGCCACUUUCCACAUGAUGACCACACGGUAGUCACAGUAGCCAGCCCAAGACCCAGUUAUGAUGAAAUGCCAGACAGAAAAUCACAUCAUAUCCAGCACAGUGACCACCAUACUCUAAUCCUGAAGCGUCUUCUAGAAGAUGCAACCUUUGCGGAUGUGACGCUAACAGCGGAAGGACAGUCAUUACAGGCACACAAGGCAGUGUUGUCAGCCAUGAGCCCCUACUUCAAAAAAGUGUUGCAAAAGAACCCAAGUCCUCAUCCCAUCAUCAUGAUGCCUCUUGACAUGUCAUUUGAGGAUCUCCAAGGAAUUAUAAAUUAUAUUUACAUGGGUGAGAUAAUAGUACCAACUGGAAAUUCAUCCUCACUCUUGAAGGCUGCCAAGAUUCUUCAGAUUCCUGGCUUAAUCACCUUACGUCUAAAAGAUGAGCCUUUGUCAUUUAGUGAUGCACAGUCAGCACUUCCAGACAAUGGUGAUUCAGCCGUAUCAACUGAAAGCAACCGAUCUAGUGGAAUGAAUUUGGGUAAAAGCGGCAAUAAAAAUAAAGAUAUUAGUAAGUUGCAGUCUCCCACUGAAACUAGAACGAAUACAGUAUCAUCAUCAUCUGACAUUGAAAUCCUGCCACAGUAUAAAUGGCAGGAACACAAGCACAACGAGUCAGUUUAUUCAGUGCUGGCUGUGGAGGAUGCUGAUCCAUUAGAUAUUGAUAUCCAGGAGAUACCUGAAGAUACUGCUCUGUCUGGAGAGGCCAAUCACAAAUGCUCACUAAUGGCAGAGGUUUUGGUGCUUUUACCCGAUCAAGAUGGUCUUUCAAGGUACAGGGAUUAUGAAGACCGUACAAAAAGAGAGGCAUGGGAUGACUUUGAGGUUCCUUAUCUUGAAAGAGAUUGCUCUUCCAACCAUGCUCUAAUGAUAUCUGAAAAGCAGUGGUGUGAGGGACCAAGGUGCAUGGAAGUUAAGGAAGAAUUCAUUGAAUAAAACAGCAAGAAAUGAUUGUGUUUGAAAAUCUUCUUCAUCAGGAAUUUCUUUCUGUCUGUCUCUCUGCCUCUCUCUCUGCCUCUCUCUCUGUCUCUCUCUCUGUCUCUCUCUCUCUCUCUCUCUCUCUCUCUCUCUCUCUCUCUGCAUCUCUCUCUCUCUCU